CCUCGCAACGACAGCCCACCCCACACGAGGGGAGUGAAGUCCAACACACGCGCACCAACCCUCCUCCUCCUCCUUUCCUUCUCCCCACCUCGCCUCUUCCCCCAAACUCCGCAGAUUCUCCUCGCCGCUCUCCAAUCCGGCCGUCCCUGGGCGGUCACCAUCGCCGCCCGCCCUCACGACGAAGCAUCGACCCCUUCCCGCCGCCGCCUGCCUCGUCGCCGGCGCAUGAGAGCGAAUCAUGGGAGGAUUUUGCUGCUGCCUUUCCACAGACGAUUUUGAGGAAUAUGUUCAUCCAAAUAAUCCUGUCUAUAGACAAUGCAUAUCCCUAAGGCAGUUGUUUCACAACAUGUUUGGGGGGUAUACUGCAGCAUUCCAGAGGCUCGACUCUAGGCCAAGCAACCCAGCUCAAGGAGCUGCGCCAUUGGCAUCCACUAAUCCAAGUACUAAUAUAACUGAGAGUUCGCUGUCUGAAACUUUUCACCUUGUUUCUAGACCACCCCCAUAUGACAUUGACCCUAGAUAUGCCCGAGUUCAAAGAGAGGGACUGGUAUCAAGGCGUGAAAAGUCUAUAAACCUCACGCAUGAAGAGUCCCCAGCUCUUAGACGAAAUGGCAGCAGCUCCGGUGUCGAGCAUUUAGCUGCUCAAAAGAAAAGGAGCAGCACUGAUCCUGAGGGUGAACAUAAGGUGCGUCGUUCUGAGUCGACUAAGAGUCUUUCUGGAAGAGCAUAUAACAGCAGUUAUGCCGUCAUCACUUCAGACGACGAAGAUGUCUGCCCUACUUGUCUGGAAGAGUACACCCCGGAGAAUCCGCAGAUCAUAACUAAAUGCUCCCACCAUUUCCAUCUAAGUUGUAUUUAUGAGUGGAUGGAGAGAAGCGACACCUGCCCAAUUUGUGGGAAGGAAAUGGAGUUCUGCGAGAGCCCCUGAGAGAAACUUCCAUGCCGGUCGCAUCAGGAAGAGCGGGAAGAAGUAUCUGCAGCAUGGGAUGCUGGAGAGUCUGUAAAGGGAAAAAGUAUCUACAGCAUGGGAUGCUGGAGUCUGUAAAUAAUACCGUAGUUCUUUGAUGUCUGAAACCUAUCUCGUUCUCGAGAUCGACUUAUGUGUACUCAAAUCAGUCUACCAAAAAGUCUUGCUGGAUA